AUGAUACCUCACACCGGGACAAUCCUGGGCCCUACCGCCUCGCACGAGGACGACGCUGUGCUGCUGGAUAUUGUGACCCUCGCCGGGGAUGUAGGCGGUCACGUGGGUCCCGGACGAGAGCUUGACACGGGCGAUCUUGCGCUCUCCGGAGUUGGGCUUCUUGGGACGGACGACGCCGACGCGCAGGCACACGCCCUUCAUGGACGGGGAGUUGGCGCCCGCCAGGGCCGGGGAGGUGGCGUGGCGAGCGCGCUUGCCCUUGCGGCAUCCCCGGAGGACCUGGUUGAGAGUCGCGGGACGGGGUACGGUGGUCGAGAAGGCUUUGGCGCUGACGUUGGCGUUGGCGAUGAUGGAAGAGGAGGAGGAGGAUGUGGCAUGUCCUCGUUUACCCGGGCUCUUCGUCCUGCGCUGAGGGGCAGCACCUGCUGUCUCGUGCAAAAGGGCGUGGGCAGCGGAGUGAUGAGGCAGGCAUUUGCCAAGGCGACAAUACCGGGUAGCGCCCCUCGUUGUCUAAGCACGACGUCACCACUCCGGUCCGACGACCUAUCCGAGAUCCCUCCCACGCCGAUAAGCCACCUAUCCGAGGUGGAGACGGCCAUGGCGGACGCGGUGUCCCGCUUCGCCAACGAGGUGAUCCUGCCCAAGGUGCGGGAGAUGGACGAGUCGGAGGCCAUGGACCCGACGUUGGUGCAGCAGCUGUUCGAGCAGGGCCUGAUGAGCGUCGAGAUACCGGAGGAGUACGGUGGGGCGGGCAUGAACUUCACGGCGGCGAUUGUGGGCAUCGAGGAGCUGGCACGCGUGGACCCGAGCGUGAGCGUCCUGGUGGACGUGCACAACACGCUCUGCAACACCGCCUUCCUCAAGUACGGCUCCGACCACCUGAAGCGCAAGUACCUGCCGCUGCUGGCGACGAGCCGGGUGGCCUCGUUCUGCCUGUCGGAGCCGGCAUCCGGGUCCGACGCCUUCGCGCUCGGCACCAAGGCGACCGAGACGGCCGACGGCGGGUACGCGAUCUCGGGAGGCAAGAUGUGGAUCACCAACGCCGUCGAGGCCGACGUCUUCAUCGUCUUCGCCAACCUCGACCCGUCCAAGGGCUACAAGGGCAUCACCGCCUUCGUCGUCGACAAGGGCACCCCCGGCUUCUCCAUCGCCAAGAAGGAGAAGAAGCUCGGCAUCCGCGCCUCGAGCACCUGCGUCCUCAACUUCGACGACGUCCGCGUGCCGCGUGAGAACCUCCUCGGCCAGCCCGGCCAGGGCUACAAGUACGCCAUCGGCCUCCUCAACGAGGGCCGCAUCGGCAUCGCCGCCCAGAUGACCGGCCUCGCCCUCGGAGCCUGGGAGAACGCGGCCCGCUACGUCUGGAACGACCGCCGCCAGUUCGGCUCCCUCGUCGGCGAGUUCCAGGGCAUGCAGCACCAGAUGGCCCAGUCAUACACCGAGAUCGCCGCCGCCCGCGCCCUCGUCUACAACGCCGCCCGCAAGAAGGAGGCCGGCGAGGACUUUGUCCGCGACGCCGCCAUGGCCAAGCUGUACGCCGCCCAGGUCGCCGGUCGCGUCAGCGGCCUCGCCGUCGAGUGGAUGGGCGGCAUGGGCUUCGUCCGCGAGGGCCUCGCCGAGAAGUUCUACCGCGAUAGUAAGAUCGGUGCCAUCUAUGAGGGUACCAGCAAUAUCCAACUCAAUACCAUUGCCAAGCUCCUCCAGAAAGAGUACACUUCAUAG